AUGAUUGAUUUGACUACGAUUCAAUUUCCAAAAAUGAAUGAUUUAGUACCUAGUGCAUCGAGUGAAUUCAAUACCGAUGAAACAAUAUUGAGUUUAACUAGUGACGAGGGCCCCCCGCUAUGGCAAUGGAUCAUCCGGCAUACUCCACUAUCGCCAAAACACAUGAACCGAUUAUCGUUAGCCUUUCACGAGACUGGGCGAGGUCUUCUAAUAGGUGUCGGGCUAACAUGUCUAGUUCAAGGAAUUGUGGCAGCUAUCGCAUAUGCAUGUUUACGUAUCCCACGUGCAUUUACCUUGGGUUUACUUACGGGACUUGCAGCGUUGGUUCCAAUCAUCGGCACAGCCAUUGUAUGGAUUCCAAUCGCUAUCGGCCUAAUUCUACAAAGUCAAUAUGUCAAGGCAGGCAUUAUGGUCGGUGUUGGAGUUUUGGUUAUCGGAUCGAUCGAUAAUCUAUUGCGGCCCUUAUUCUCAAAAUUAGGAGCAUUAGAAAUGUCGACAUUACUAUUGUUACUAUCGAUAUUUGGUGGAAUUGAGAUGUUGGGUCCAUGGGGAGCUCUUUUAGGUCCGGUGGUUGUCAGACUUACUACGGAAGCUCUCGUGUUAGUCAGAGAGGACCAGGAAGAACAAGAACAACAAGAAAAUAGUACUAGAGAUAGAUAA